AGUGACGCACUUUUUCGUUAAUUAAAAUAUCAAACUUUGUUAAUUUAAUGUCUUUCUUCGUGACAUUUUUUAGGCAAAUUUUUGCGGACCGUACCAUUGUAUAGUUGCGUCUAUUAUCAUUUUACAUGUGCGUGAAAGAAAUGUCAGUAUUGUCAGUACCGAAGAAUAUAGUAUCUACUUCAGUUAACUAACUACAUAGAACUCUAGAUGUUUUGACAAUGUAGGUAAUACAGACGAGAUCUAAACGUUUUUUCACAUACUGGGGUACUCACUAUAAAGUACGCUGGUGGAAUAACCCGCUGUAAUGUUUCGAACAAGAUUCGGUUAGCUAGGUUUUGACAGCCGGCUGGCUUGUCGUCGUAGGUGACUUAACGUUUGGCUUCCUAAUAAAAAUGAACAGUCGUAGCAGUGUGAAUGAAACUAAUUUGGUGAAUUUCUCGGCGGAUCUGUCUACACUAAAUCAGUUGGACUCAAAAGACGGCUUGCUGAGUUUUCCCUUUGAUCACAUCUACGCGUGCCACUCUCAAACCACGGAUAGAAGACAGGCUCUGCAGUUGGAGAAGGAGAUCGAAAUAUCGGCGCACUGUGUUACGGAAGACAAUCACACUUCCCCUGAAUUCAACCGGUUAACAGAACAAAUCAUAGUUGCUGAGAACCAGAACAAAAAGCUGAAAGAUUUGUUAAUCUAUCAUCUAGACCUGAUUCAGCAGCAGAAUGAGCUGAUUACCAAACGGGACAAACUGUUUCUUGCUUUGAAACAGGAAAAUGAUGCACUCAAGGCAAAGUUGAUUCGAAACACCAGAAGGGUUGGUUUUACAACACGGCACACAAUCCCUACCUCAACAAUCACAUCAAGUGGUGAACCAACCACUUCACAGAUAAUAUUAAAAAGCUUUAGAGAUUUGCUUCCACCAGAUGCACUUGAACAAACCAAACCUUUGGCUAAGGAAUUAUUUGGCAUAGCACGAGUUACUCUGGAUCCAGAAGUCCCAAGCUAUCAACCAGGAGAAAUAAAAGUACCUCCAGUGCCGGAUAAAAAGUUGAACACUGAUCAUUACAAAAUGAUUGACAACAAACGUUCACUCGUGAAGAAAGAGGUGAAGACUGAAAAUCGUUCAGACGUUCCUUUGUACACUGUGACCUCGAACAGCGGGAAUCCUAUCAUACAAAGGAUUCAUAAGAACAGACGCAAGACAAAUAGUAUUGGCAGCCUUAAUCGCAUGACAAAAACGCCCAAGACCGAAAUACCAGCAACAUGCACAUCUAAAAGUAAAAUGGUAGAACAAGGCCAAAACUAUGAUCGUACCUACGGCGUCAAAUCCAAAAUGAUAAACACGUAUGCCAAUUCGCGGAGUACCACAACCAUUCCAAAACGUACCAUGCAGUUUACCGGAUCACUCUCCGAUAGACUGCAGCUCAUCGAUACAACGCCGACAGGGGAAGACCCGUACCAGUUAGGCGAAGCCGAUAUGAGAGAACAAUCGCCGAUUCCGAAACUAAUGCUACAGAAGACAAACCAUGGACGCAUGAAAAUUUGCACUGAUCCGAUGGGCGGAACCCCCUCGCGACGCAUUUACGAUAUGCCCGAUACGAAAUCAAAGAUAAACCGGUUCAUGUCAGUUUACGAGCAACCAAAGAAAAAACCGAAAACCAUAAUUGUCCAAGAGCCGGAUUUGGAUUUGGUCAAAACGGAGACGGAAAUCGCCUGGCCGAACUUGUACAAUGAUAAACCGUUGAAUGAAACUAGUCUGUGCGAUUUCUCCUACGGCGAGUCGAUGCUACCAUCCCUGGAUGCUAAUGAGUUUCAGGAGUUGUUUACCUCAGAUGCUGCAUUAAAUUUGGAUAAUUUGAACCAGUUGGAUGAUCCUCCGGAGAAAAUAAUCCCUGAAAAGCCGCCAAAGAGACGAACGGUGCGUACUACCAGUCUUUUGGUACCUGAAGAAGAGGUCGUUGAGACGAAACGUGGUAUGGGCAGCAAACGUGGUAGAAAACGGGCUCUUUCUGCAACUGGCCCAGGGAAGCAGCAAACCCCAAAGGCACCACCGAAACCAAGGGGCGCUAGGGGAAGAGGUGGUGCUGCGGCCCGUGGCAAAAGAUCGCCAGUGCCCGAUUUAAUGACCAACAAACCAUACCCAACUUUGGUUGGCGACCCCGACCUGUCAUGGUAUGCUGGCCUUGACCCCGAAAUGAAACACGAUGAUGUGGAUCCACCCCUAUGCACCCAGGCUUCCACUGUUGAGGUUCCACGAUGGCGAGAAAAGCCUUAUACUAGCUGUUAUUCAUUAGAGGGCACAGAAAAUGUUGACGACAAGGUAUUUGAAAAAAGGCAUCAAAAACUAGAAGCUGAGGAGAGGCGGCAACUUAGGUGGCAUAUGAGGAGAAUUAGGGAACAGCGGCAUGUUGAGAAGCUCCGUCAAAGGCAAAGGGACUCCUGGUGCAGCUCUCCUGUUAACCAGCCUUCUGUUUAUACCGUUUGGCCACGACCGCAGCGGGAUGUUAAGUUUAUCGAGAUAACCGGUGUAUUACCCGUAAAUGGCUUCGGGGAACCGCUACCACAAAUCCCUGACUCUCAUUUUAUGCUGCCCUGGGUACGGACAUCCAAAGCUUUGAAGCGAUCUAAAAGAUCCAAAACCCUGCAUUGAACUCCUCAACAUUAUUGGACUAUUAUAAUUGCCUAAGUAAGUGAUUAAAUGUGCCACUUUCAAAGUGUAUCCAUAAGGGACGAAUAAAAAAAUACUUUGUCGUUAACAAAUUCAAGAAAAUUGCGAAAUUAUUUAAUAAAAUCGUAGUUUCUCCAUAGAAAGUUAGCAAGAUGUUGCUGUUUAAUAGAUGUUGUCUUUGACCUGAUCAAUAAAUAUGGCGUAUUAGGAUGUUAGUAAUGGGUUGUGGACUCUUGUAGAUUAGAAAAAGUAGGAAUUAUUAAACGCGUCAAAUUUCUUAGAAUGUUUCAAUAUAUGAGUGAUUGUAGGCAGAUAUUUUUCUUUAAUCGAUGCUUCUUAUCUAAUGUUGCGAUCUUAGAUAGAUGCUGCUGAAAUUCUAGUAAGUAAUUUUGAGAAGUAUGAAUCUUAUAUGAUAUGCUCGGUUCAGGUGGUCAGUCUACCACACAAGUGACCUAAUAAUAAACGAUGCACUGCAAUAACUAUCCCAAAACACGCCAUCACAUAUUAUAUCAAUAAUCAAAAUCAAAACUGUAAAAUCGUUUGUUCUUGAUAAGUAAAGAUAUAUAAGUAACAAUUAAUUGUUAUACAAAUAGAAUCCUGUUUAUUGAAUGUUAGUACUUAUACUGUUUAAGGUGUCAACUAUAUGAAUUUUAAAUGCAUAUAAAAAUUUAAGAACCGUCAGGAUUUUAAACCGCUUCUCGAUGGCAAUCGUAGCUGGUGUUCUUUGCGAAUUAAGCCACGGUCCAAAAAUGCACGCACAACGGUGAAAUUCAUAUAUGCAUUUCAAAUUUACAUAUUUGAUUUUUCCUCUCUAGUGUAGGUAACACUUGAAUAAAAAUGCAAAAUUAAUUAAGUCUACACAUAUAAAACCUCCGUAUCCAAGGUGUAAAGAUUUCAUGGGACGUAAUAUAACGAAGCUGAUACUGUAUUACAAUCAGACUCUAAGUCAGAUCGUACCGCGUUUAAGAACUUUAAUAUUUUAAGAGUAAAUUAAACUCCGAUUAGGGUUAUAUAUAAGAUCGCAAAAAAUCACUAAAAAAUUUCGUUACUUUGCGAGUGAUGUUAGUUCUUCGCACCUCUUUUAGAAUGUUAUUGUAGAAAAGCAAUACUUAGUA